AGUUACUGAAUCAUAUCUUUGAAAUGAAUAGAGAUGUCUGGAAGUUAUGUAUGAAGUUGUUGUGGCUGACGGUAUUCAAUGGCGCUAAUAAAUGAUUUGAAGAAUUUAAGGGGAUAAUAAUUAGUAUGAGAAUUAUUUGUGGAAGGAAUAAUUAUAACUUGACGUGAUUCAAGUAUUCUAAUGAAUUGAACAAUAGCGGGAUAGUAUUAUCUACAAGCAAUAACUUUUAUUAAUCAAUCUGAAUUUUACGUAUAAUUCAUAUGAAUUUGUAUAUUAACUAACUAAUUUUAUAGGGAUGUCUAGUGUUACAGAACCAAAAUUAGAGACUGGUGAUGCUCAUUAUGAGGAAGCCAAUGGAGCCGGUAAUUCAUCUGUUGCUGGAGGAAUUGUCGAUGAUGAUGAUGAUGAUGAAGGAGGAUCCGGCGGUAAAUCCCAAAAGGAAAGAAGAAAAAUUGAAAUUAAAUUCAUUCAAGAUAAAUCAAGACGUCAUAUUACUUUUUCAAAGAGAAAAGCUGGGAUUAUGAAAAAGGCUUAUGAAUUAAGUGUUUUAACUGGUACUCAAGUUUUAUUAUUAGUUGUUAGUGAAACUGGGUUGGUUUAUACUUUUACUACUCCAAAAUUACAACCUUUAGUUACUAAAAGUGAAGGUAAAAAUUUAAUUCAAGCAUGUUUGAAUGCUCCAGAAGAAGGCUUAGGUGAUGAUGGAGGUGACCAAUCAGAUGGUCAAUCACAAGAACUGCCAGAUCAAAGUCCAGUUCCUCAACAACAACAACCUGGUCAACCUGGUCAACAUCCAGGACAAGUUCAACAACGUCCACCUCCACAACAACAAGGUCCACCACCUCCACAACAACAAUUACCUCCAGGAGCUCAUAUGCCUCAUCAAGGGCCAUAUCCUGGACAAGGCCACCCUCAACCUGGUAUGCUUCCACCAAAUGCAUAUGGACAAGAUUAUCAAUAUUUUGCUAAUAUUCCAAAUAAUAAUAUUCCAAACCAACAACACUAUCAAUGAGAGAUGGGGUCUAACGUUAUUUAAUUAAAUAACAAAUCAUAAUUCUACUUCUUUAUUGUUCAAUUAUUAUCAUAUUUUAUUAUUUUUGUAAUGUUGUUGUUGGUGCUUUCAUAGAAGCACAAACAUGGCUGGGUUAGUAUGAUUCUAA